CUCCAGCUCCAGCUCCAGCUCCAGAACCUGUGGUAGAGACUGCUGAACCUUAGACAAAGCCCAAGGAGGAAGCAUAAACUGUGAUAUGGAACAAUAACCCAAUGUAUCGAAGAGGCAGGUAACUUUUCUACCUGAUCUGAAUUAUUUGGAACCGCAGUCUUUUAGAAUUGUAGAGAUAAAUGAGCGUAUUCUGGGAAAAUUUGAGUUUAAAUAAGUAGAGUUAAUAUAGACUGCAUGAUUUCUGAAGACUAAUAAAAACGACCGUAAACAAACAUUUUCAACUCUCCAACAUUAGACCCUAGGACCUUGAACCUCGCUUCAGACAAGCUCUCUCAAUCUCCAAGCUCACCCCCCAACACCUCCUACGAAUCCUCAUCACUACAUGCCUCAACAGACAUAGUCACUGUUUGGACCGAUGUCACAUAUGACAAUUUCGCCAAACCAAGCAGAAUGGCAUCCUCCCAACCAGUGAAGCCACCGCUUGCAAGCCAGAACUCACAAGCACGAGGCGCACCCCCAGGCCUCCGCUACCCUUCCAAUGGAAAGACCAUCUAUCACCGUCCGCUGAACCGCAGUCGGACGCAAGAGCUCAGCCAGGCGAGCUUUGCGUAUCUGUUUGGGGAGAUGGUGAGCUAUGCGCAGAAGCGUGUCACUGGGAUUCAGGAUCUGGAGAAGAGGUUAAAUGUUCAAGGACAUCCCAUAGGCCUCAAACUCCUUGACAUGCUCCUUUACCGCGAACCACCACGAACGCAAACCCGCCCCCUCAAUAUCAUCGCCCUCCUCCAAUUUAUCACCACCGUCCUCUGGCGGCACCUAUUCUCCCGACCUGCAGACGCGCUCGAGAAGUCCUCUAAUCCAGAAACGCCUGAAGAAUAUAUGAUCUCUGACAACGAGCCGGUCGUCAACCAGUAUAUCAGCGUACCCAAGGAGAUGAACCAGCUGAACUGCGCAGCUUUUGUGGCGGGUAUUGUGGAAGGUGUGUGUGAUGGAGCUGGCUUCCCGGCGAGAGUCACGGCGCAUAGCGUGGGUAAAGGGGAGGAGGGGGAGUUGUGGCCUGGGAAGACUGUGUUCUUGGUGAAAUUCCAGCCAGAGGUUGUAGAGAGGGAGGCAUAUCUUGCAAAGAACUAGAGUAAUAAAUGCAGAAGAACUGUCUGGGCGGGAGUAUAGGUCAUUUGGGCGGCGUAUUGGGCAUUAGUGGAGUAUGGGAGACCUGGGAUGGGCACAUGUAUUUAGAGGUCUUGAAGCUUUGAUAUCUGGCA